GAACCUUAUAGGGGAGAUGUAUGGCUUACAUACCACUCCACACUAUGAUAUGGAUCGAGUAAGUCUAUAAGGAAUAUCUAUACUGAGAAUCCUAUACAUAUCAACAUUACCCGAACGUUUGAUGUGUAUACAGCAAACAGUACAACGCCAUUCAGGAACACUUAGUGCUUAGUUAGAGGUUUAAACAGUAUAUACGAAUUUACAAUGAUGUCGGACAAUUUAUUUCAAGGGCAGAUCAGAUGAUGCAAAUCUUAAUGAGACGAAACAUUCCAGCUGGAUGGAUUUUAGAUAUGUGACUUUUGAAAUAAUUUUUAAAUCUAUUUCUUGAUUUGCUACGGCACAGCAUUGGCAAAAUAAACGUCUGACAGGUUUAACGCUAUCCUGCAACCAUGCACCGUCCUCACAUUGGUGGAUCUUUCUCUAUCGAGUCUCUUAUUGCACCUACGACGAAUCCUCGUUUUGGACCAAUGAUGUGUAAUGGUUACUUAUUUAUGCCACCUUCAGGACUUCCUCAGACACCCAUGUCACCAAGUAUGUUAUCGCCGGACUCUAUGGCAUACCAGAUGCAAUCUUAUGCCCAAAGCCAAUUUAUUCGCGGACAGCUAGCUGCAGCAAAUAGUGCCACGCUUAGAAAUCAUUUGCAUCUUUCAGGAUUAGCGGCAAUGCUUCCUUAUUCAGGAGCGAAAUCUUUGGACUCAAAAUUAACUCCAAUUUCUGGUGACAUUGGUUUGGAUUCGCACGUGCAGAAUCGGUCCCCUGAGACCUCUGGAUCAGAAUCGCCCGACACCAGUCCUGUCUCGAGGAUAUUCCAGGAAGACGCCGCUGGCAGAUGUCCACCAUAUUUCUCAGAAAAUUUCUCUGAGUCUAAACAGUAUGAUACGUCACAUCCAGAAGCUGAUACUGAUACAGACGAUAUGGAUGUUAUCGACGAGGAAACAGACGACGAAAGAAUAUCACACGCGGACACAGAUUCUUCUCACAAAAAUACGGACUCAGUUGAUCGGAUAAAAGAUUCUGUAACUUCUAGUGUGAAAAUGCGACGACGGCGGACAGCAUUUACAAGCGAACAGCUGCUGGAACUCGAAAAAGAAUUCCACAGUAAGAAAUACCUCUCACUCACAGAGAGAUCUCAAAUCGCACAUAAUCUAAAACUUAGUGAAGUACAGGUUAAAAUCUGGUUCCAAAAUCGCAGAGCAAAAUGGAAGAGAGUAAAAGCAGGAAUGAUUCACGGUCGCGCCCCGAACGAAGUUUCCGGAAAACCGAAGAUAAUUGUCCCAAUCCCAGUCCACGUGAAUAGAAUAGCGAUUCGAAGUCAACAUCAACAAAUCGAGAAAACAAUACGACAGACACAAUGAGUGAGUUGUAUUGACAUAAACAAUAUCUGGGUAUCAGUAAAUAUUCUAUAAAAUCAAAACGAAACCUGGUGAUCCGAGAAAUACACAAUGUCUUCAUUAGUUCUACAGCAUAUACGACAAAAAAAAAACUUUUUGGAGAAUAUAUUUUCUUGUUUUUUCUUCUUUACAUUGUUUAAUAGCAUUGUAAUACAAUGUACUUAAAAUUUAGUCAGCGAACAAUGUUUGCAUGUAUAUAAGCAAUAGGUUUACAUUGAUUUCUAAUAAUAGAUGCAAUUGUUUUAAUUCAAUCUGAAAAAAAUCUAUUGUUAUAUUUCAUCGAUAAUGAUAUAAUUCUGAAGCAAUUAGGAAUGUGCAUUCAAGGAGGAUAUCGAUUUUAUUUGGGAUCAGAGAAUAAUCACGUAAUGAAGAUUUCCACGAUGCAUUAAAAUCCAGAAAUAUGUUUGAUUGCGGUUUGUGAUUUUAAUAACUCAAAUAAUUAAAGAAUGUAUAUUUAUGUAUAAAAUAUACGCUUAAGAUCUUAUUAAAGCAACAAGGCAGAACAAAAUUGUUUUUUUUUUUUUUUUGGAAAAUAAAUUUUCAAUUAAAAUUUGUACAUUGUAUAUACAGAAGCCGAUUUCAGAAUGGAACAAGUUUAUAGUUUAGAUAAAUUAUUAAUGCAUUAUGUUGGAAAUGCAAGAUGCGUCUUUAAAAAAAUUGAUGUACAUACAAUAAAUUCAUGAUGAAAUGUAUGUAUACAUACAUUUAAAUGUCAAUAGUUGCUGAAUAUCUUUUGUUGAAAAGUGCAGAAGUCUCGCUCAAUAAAAGGACCAAACCGACUAGAAAUAUA